UACAGGUUCAGCCCUGCAGAACUUUCUUUCUUGACAGAAUAUGCAUCAACCAUGAACCCAAUCUCAAAGGCACUAAACAUAUUGCAGGGAGAGGUGGAUGUUCACAUGGGAUGGCUGGUGCCCACUAUAACCCUCCUAACUGUGAAGCUUGACCGCCUCAGAACAUCAUCCAAGUUCUGCCAGCCACUGAUUACUGCCCUUCAAGAAGGAAUACAGCGAUGGUUUGGAGACAUGCUUGCUGACCCUGAGCUCAUUGCUGCAGCAAUUUUACUUCCGAAGUUUCGGACAUCGUGGACAAGCAAUGAGGACUUGCUGAAGCUGGGCAUGGACUACAUCAAGAGAAACAUGGAGGAGGAUCCGGUCCCAUCACCAGUUAGCAAUUCCGGGUCAGAGGAGGAGGACUUCUUUGGCCUUAUGAAGGGAAACGUCCAGGAAACCACGAAACAACUGGAUGCCUACCUGGCAAACUCGGCUACCUCCAUGGACACCCUAAAGGCAGUGCCCACAGUUGCCAAUUUGCCCCUUAAACUGAACACGCCGUUGCCUGCCUCUGCGGCAUGUGAACGGCUCUUUAGUACAGCAGGGCAUAUUUUUUCUACAAAAAGAGGCAGAAUAGGGUCAAAUGUUUUGGAAAAUCAACUAUUGUUGAAAUUGAACAAAAGGUUCUGUUAA